UGAGAAUUUAAAAGCUGAAACACCAGGAAGUUGUCCCGGCAAUACCUCCGAGUACUAUGCAAUCUUAGAGAAGUUUAAUGCUCUAACUGGAGACACCCAUCGUGAUAAAUGGUUGGAGAGGCUCCUUCAAUGUGUUCAAUACGUGUGCAGUUCUCCUGAUAGCAUAUGUGAUGAUGAGAAAGGGAAAUGUAGUUCUGAUGCUGCUGACCAUGAAAAAGAGCAGAAGUGCGAGGGCACUGCAAAUGGAUCUCAAGAAAAGAGUUCUAAAAGCAAAAAAACUUUCUGCUGGCCGGAUGAUGCUGUUCCUGCAGUAACUGCUGUUGAGAAGGCCUCACAUGAAGUUUUUUCCACUGAUUUUCAGAAAUAUAACCAGAAGAUGCGUCAGAUAUCUUUCAACCUGAAGAUUACAGCACUGCUAGCCCGACGUCUUCUUAAUGGAGAGUUGGAACCUUCAACAAUACUAAAUAUGUCACCUAACGAAUUGAAGGUGGGGAUGACAGCCGAGGAGAAAGCACCUAAGGAGCCUGAGGAGUUGGCAACCCUGCAGAUGACAGAUGCUUGUUGCUCAAGAUGCAACGAGUUCAAAGUCGGUGUGAGGGACAUCAUCCAUGCAGGACAUGGAGAUCGCUAUCAGCUGGAGUGUGGUGCCUGUGGCAAUUCCUGGUAUGCUUCCAGGGAUGAAGCAUCCAUGCUGACAAUAGAUGGGCCAAGCUCUGCCAGAAGUGUAGGCACAGCACCCUGGGCAACUGCGAAAUUCGAAGAGGUUGAGAAGAAGCUGGUCAGUCCUCGUGAACCUGAGAAGGUAGCUGAGCUCAUCAAGAAGACUUGUGAACCAUCUAUUCCUGUUCUGGAAACCCAGAAAUCAUUUGGCAAGCCCAAGAAUGAAGAGAAUAUUGAAACUACAAAGAAUGCUGAAUAAUAACAAAUUUUCCUUUUUCCCUUUCAGUUGGUUGUUAUGCAUAGGUAGGAUAGUUUCUGACCCGAGUUUCUUUGUACAGCAGCUAACCAGAUCAAAGUUGUCAUGCAUCAUACAGGAGUAGGAUGAUGUUAGUUUCUCUCCAUCUAUAUGAAAGUAGUGGCUUCAAUGUUAAUGUUGAUGAGCUUCAUAUUCUGAAAUGGGGUUGGAUGUAAAUAUCCAAAUUUCAAUGUUCCUCUUAACUUUUUGCCUACCAAUUGGCUUGUAUCAAAGCGUCUUUUUGAUUAUUUAUUUACUGUACAAUUACUUUGUGAUCAACUAAAAGAAUAUAUUUUGAUUAUUUA